AUGGCCUCUCAUCUGAAUGACCGGCUGCUCUGGCUGUGUCUUGCAGGUGUCACUCUCUUCUUCGCCGUGCGCGGAAUCGCCACGGACCUCCGCCGGGUCCGUGAUUUGACCGAGAUCAAGCAUGUCGAGAAGGAGGAUAGGAUGAUCAGCGAGGGCACAGAAGAUGCUCUUAAGUUGGAAACAUUGUUGAAGCUCUCUGAGAGCACCAACUAUGAUCUCCGCGCGGCUGCUUUGCGCAUCAUCGCCGAACGCUCGACCAAGGGCGAGACUCGGGAUUUGCUUUUGGAGGAUCUAGCCAGCAAUAACAAGGAUCGACGGAACAAAGCGCUCAGCGCCAUGCACUUUCUAGUCUCGAAUCGAGCACGCAAGUUUACCCAACCCGGCCAUGCACUGGCUCGAACUUCCGUCUGUACACGACUACAGGACCUUACCACGUACACCGCCAUCGUCGAUUGUCUGUGCAAUUUCCUGGACGAGCAUGUCGAAGAGACAUCGACUACCGUGUCCCCCAUAUUUCCGAAAACGAGACCACUUGGGGAAAAGAAGGCCCUCAGCACGCUCAAUCAUAUUCUCCAGGUGAACAUUCCGGCCGCUUUGGAGGCCGGUGUGAUUAGUCGCUGGCUCCACAAGUAUCCGUUCCCUUGCGCCCUCGCGGAACCAUCCCGGCGGCAGGACGUCGUGAUUCUGAUGAAGACCUGGUGGUCCGACGAUUCGAUCAUGAGUUCCAUAUUCGGCACCCUUACAUCUCAUCCGGAGGCUACCAAGCAGCUGCGGAAACACGGCUUGAUGGGCAGCUUGAUAGAGGAGAACGACCCCGACGACGAAGACAGUGAUGUGUGGAUGGUCGACGGCGAGGACACGGCUGGUUCGAGGCACAUUCCGGGGCGGCGGCUGCGCGAACGCAGCGCCGAGGAGCAGGCUGUCAGGCGGCGCCGGAGGGAAGCCAUGGUGCUGAGCGACGGUGGGCGGCCGCUUGGCAACGACGAUAUAAUCCAAUUACCCAUGUCGGAAUGAUUAAUGAGUUCUAUUUUAUGCGAUCCUACAGAGGCGCUAGAUCACCUUGACCUUUCGGCGUUUGCGGGGAAGACAACGAUGAAAGUCGUGGCGUCCAUGGGACGAUUUGUUCAUUAUGCAUAUAUGAUACCCUUUUUCUAAGAUACAAAAUAGUUAUUCUCCG